GUUACCAUCUAGCGAUCCUUUUACCUUUCACAUUCAUUCCAGAUUUGCUCCACCUGUUUUUUAAGGAUACAGAAUGCUUCAGCCUUCAGCGGGGUUUUGAAUUUGGAAAUUUCUCAGCUGGGGUUUUGUGAGCUUUUUAACUCUUACGUUACUUUUAAACAGAUGGUGAAUCCAUCUCGUCUGCAACAUUUGCUACAAAUGACUUGGUGGUGAACACAGCACUACACGUUUUUUUUUUUUUUUCCAGAGAAGAAUUUGUGAGAUGCUAACCAGUUCCAGCUGAUCAACAAACAAACAACUCAAUCAUAUAAGUAAGGAUGUGUAAUUUCUAUAUCUCACACUCACAUUUGUUGUUGUUUGCUGCUUUGUGGAGCCUCAGCUACCAGAGUUUGCUUGCUGCCUGGCCGGGCAUCAGUCGAUCCAAGCCCAAGGAUCAGCUGGACCCGACUGUAAGGGACUGGGGAGAUUAUUCAGACCUCCCUCCAGGAAUCCAGCAGGGACUGACGUCGGACGAAGACGGAGAACAUGAUGACACCCGUCGAUUCGGAGAGUCUUCAUCAAGCCUGGCUCCGGAGCUGGAUUUCCUGGCUGAAUUUGCAGGUAGAAAACGGCUGUGGGUGAUAACAGCCCCAUCACACAAUGACCACUAUCUGCGUAUGAUGGAGAAACAGCUGGAAGACAUGGAGCAGGAAGGGCUGCACUGCCAUCUAGCAGAGAGAGACACCUUCAUCAUCACCAUCAUCCAGAAUGCCAUGAUGGAAGGUCGAAUCCAGAAAACAACUUUCCAAGGAGAGGCCACAGUAGAGAGCGUAGACCCAGACACAGUUACUAAACUGCUGCACUACUUGGAGCUUACCAGCCAGGAGCAAGGGUUCACGAUGCUGGUUUUGAAGAAGAAUCUAAGGGUCAGUGAGCGGUUCCCCUAUCCGGUCCGUAUUGAGGCGAUUUUGGAGCUCAUAGAUCAGUUUCCCAUGAGGAAGCUGGAGAAGAUGACCAGAAAAGGAUCCAACCUGAGGUGUAAAACCAAUAAAAAGAAGGUUGUGGUGAAAAGGAAAAAGAUGAAGAAGAAGAUGGUGCUGAGCCCUCAGAGGCGAGCAAAUGUGACUUCUGUGGUGGCAUUAAAAAGAAAACCUCCUCCUGACAAAAAGGCUGCCUUGAAGAGUAAGAUCUUGGACAUCUUGAGUGGACGGUCGAGGUUUGUUAUCCGUAAGGGGCCUGCUGUAGGGUCCACGAGGGGAAAGGACUCGAGCAUUGUUGGUCAGGCAAAUUCUAAUGGACAGGAAAAAGCAAAAGCGCACAGUCCUCCAUCUGUAUCAAUGAGCAACGAAAAAGGGAAGAAAGACAGACCUGACUCCACUUUGGAAGAAGGAAAGAAAAGACAUGGAGGGAAAAACAAUGAGGAUAAAAAAGAGCAGAAUGUAAAGGAUGAAACACAGAGCUCUAAGAAAAAGGGCAAAGGGAAAAAAGGAAAGAAAGGAAAAGGAAGAGGGAAAAAGUCCAACAGAGAGGCCAGUGAGAAGGAUAAAACAGCCUUGAAGGAAUUUUUAGACAGUUUGAAGGGAAGAAGAAGGUUGAUGCUGAUCUCCACGCCCAGCAGAGAUGCAACGCUUUACAUCCAGCAGAAAGAAGAGAUCGAGAAGCAUCACUGUGACUUCGCUAUCAGGAAGAUCACCGUUGCGACCAUUGUGGAAGGCAGUGACGCCACACUCACGCUGCAACAUCACCAGCUCGAAUCAGAGCCUCCACUCAGUGACCUAUCAGAGCUGUUCUUAGAUUCAGGCCUGAUCUCCCUGUUGAGAGCAGAGCUAGGCCUCUCGUCCUCUGACCUCUUUUCCAUGACUGUCACAGACUACGACAUCAAGCCCAAUAGAGUCUUUGAAGCUCCACCAUCAAGCCCUGCUCUGUUCGAGUACAUAGACAACUUUCCCUCAAGGCACUCAGAAAAAGAAAAAGAGAGGAAGAGUCCUUCAGUCUGUUCCAAAGAGAAACAGCCUGGAGCUGAGAAUUCCUUGCUCAGGUUCAUGUCUAAGAGGAGACUGCUGCUCAUCUCAGCUCCCUCUGAGGACGACUACUCUUUCCAACAGCAGCUCUCGGCUCUCAGUGGACAGGAGUGUCACCUGGGUAUUCGCCACUUUGCCAUGUUAAAGCUGAUUGGAACCAGAGACAAAGCAUCAGGAACUGUCGAGCUAUUUCCGCUGAAUGGUCAUAGUCAGAGUGAGGUUGAGCCGUUGUCCUGUGACAUGGUCAACAAUCUGAGAGAGCAGCUGAAGAUCAGUAAGGACUACUUCAGCAUGCUGAUCGUGGGGAAGGACGGCGAUGUCAAGGCAUGGUUCCCAUCACCCAUGUGGUCCUUGGAUAACAUCUACGACCUGGUGGACUCCAUGGAGCUUCGCCUCCAGGAGGAGAAGCUGCAGAAGAGACUGGGGAUCCACUGCCCUGAGGACAGAGGAAGAGGAGGCAGCGAAGCGGGACACUAUCGCGGCUACGAUGAGGACAGGGUGGAGGACAUGUACUUAUAUCACCAGUCAGAGGGGUGAUGAGAAGGAAUUUCUACCGAAAAUCUUCAGAUGAGACGGAAAAUACAUGAACACACGGAUUUUAACAUGAGCAAACAAUAAACAAUGAUCUCAAAAACUCAUCUUCAGGACUUACAGGAUUCAAUGUAUUUAAUGUUUGCAAGCAAUAAAUUUGAAAAGUGGAUCAGAAAAUAGUUGAAUAGUUUCAUUCAAGAAUGCCUUAAUGUAUGCAUGUGUGCAGUCUUCAACUGUUCUUUAGAUAAGCUGGUGUUCUGUUAUUAUUUUUGCUGAUUGCAGCAACAGUGGAAGAGGAAGAAUGUCCAUACAAGGCCGAGCCGCUGUACUUUUUGGCAACACAUCUGUCCGGUCUUUUUCAAACACAUUCCCCGUGUAAUACAAAUAUACAAAUGGAAAGUUCCUGUGUUAAGACAUUGUGAUGCUGAAAUCAGCAUCUGAAACUGUAUUUAAAUGAAACAAAUGUUUGAGGUUUUUUUGUAACUGAGCUAAACAUCUGUUUUUAAAGAGCUGUAGUCUUCACUAGUUAAACAAAAAACAUAUCUUGCACAUAAGCAAGAAUGGUACCAGAGUUUCCACGCUCACUUUAAUUCAAUUGUACUAUUAGGGAACUUUUUCUACAGUUGCUAUCAAUAGAACACAUGGAAAAUCAUCCAAUGCUAUAAAAACAAACAUGCAAACAUCAUUUAAUAAUGAGGAGAGAGCAAUUUAUUUCAUCUAGACUUCAUUUGGUUAAACAAAAUACACAUUUCUCACACCAGCACUUUAGUCCUAAAUGUGGAUGUUAGUUUCUGCAGGUUCAGCAGCAUCAUAAAGUAAGAAAGAGGGAAGUUUUGAGAAUCUUGUAAAAUACACACUUAAACUUUAAACUUAAUUUACAUGUUUCCUUUUUCUAGUUAAAUUUUCCUAGGUAGUAAUGUUAAAUACAGGUUUGUAAACACUCUGGUAAGCAAAUGUAAAUCUGUUUGAAAUGAAUUC